AUAUUUGUGAUUAUAAUAUAAAUCAAAUUUAAUUAUUAAAAAAAUGAAAGCUCAAAUUGCAUUUGUUUGUAUUGCAUUUCUUUUUGCUUCCGUCUUUGUAAACUGCGAGGACGAUAAGGACAAUAAGAAGGAUGAUAAAAGCGAAGAAAUCAAAGUGUAUAAGCGCUUGAUUCCAGCUGAUGUUCUAAGAGAUUUUCCUGGGAUGUGUUUUGCUUCAACACGGUGUGCAACAGUUGAACCUGGAAAAACAUGGGAUCUAACACCAUUCUGUGGACGUUCAACAUGUGUUCUCGAUGAAUCAAAUCCAGCCAAAUUGCUCGAAUUGGUAGAAGAUUGUGGUCCACUUCCAUUGGCAAAUGAUAAAUGCAAAUUGGACACUGAAAAAACCAACAAAACUGCUCCAUUCCCAUACUGUUGUCCGACAUUCAAGUGUGAGCCAGGUGUUAAAUUAGAAUAUCCAGAGAUCAAAGAAGAACCCAAAAAGGAAUAAAACAACACUAAAUUCCUAAAAAAUAGAGACGAGAAACAUAUAUUUAUGUAUAUAUAAUUUUUUUCCAAAAUAAUCUCAUCUUAUAAACACAAGUUAUGGUUGCAAAAUGAAAACAGUCGCAGCAUUUUAAACAGA